GUCAACGUCGGUGUGAAAGGUGAAAGAGCAAGGGCCUUGUUGUCACAAAAGUUCCCUCUCCCAUCAGUUUGGUGGCCGAGUGAGAGUUCGAAAAAUGUCCUGAAGCGGUUCAGAAAAGCGAGAGCGAGAGAGGAGAGAGAGACACUUCUUCUUCUUCUUUUUCUUCUACUGUUAUUGUUCUUGUUCUAUUGCACUGCGAUUCUGUCAAUGCGUGCUCAUACAUUCUGAGUCGCUGAGUCGAAUCGCUCACCGAGUUAUUGAAAAAUGUUGGACGGGCUGCUCGGCCGUGGAUUUGCCUCCAAAUGCAAAUCGCUGAUUAAAUUGACGAAGACUCGGAUCGACGUGAUACGGAGGAAGAGGAACGCGACGCAGAAGUUUCUGAAGAAGGAUAUCGCUGAUCUGCUCACCAAUGGCCUUGAUAUCAAUGCUUUCGGAAGGGCUGAUGGACUCACAGCGGAGUUGAUCCUUUCUUCGUGUUAUGAUUUCGUUGAGCGAUGCUGUGAUUUGGUGCUCAAGAAUCUUUCAAUUAUGCAGAAAGAAAGUGAUUGCCCUAAGGAAUGUAAGGAGCCUGUGUCAUCGCUGAUGAUUGCUGCCGCAAGGUUCUCUGAUUUACCAGAGUUGCGUGACCUUAGGCAACUUUUUCAAGAGAGAUACGCAAAUUCUCUGGAGUAUUUUGUGAAUCAAAAGUUUGUUGAGAACAUAGCUUCAAAGCCUCCUACACUGGAGAAGAAGAUUCAGUUAUUGAAAGACAUAGCGGUAGAGUUCUCAAUAAAUUGGGACUCCAAGGCCUUUGAACAGAGGAUGGCAAAACCUCCUCCUGCGUUUACACAGGACAAGCCAAAAACUUACGGGCCUUCCCAUGUUAGUGACGAUAAAAGCAAAUUGUCUACUGGGAAAUCUGCAGGCCCAAAAGGAGAACAUAAUCUUUUACCCACAGAAAGGAGAUUUGAUCUUAAUGAUGCUCAGAAAUUACACAAGGAGAAGCUCGGUAUUGUAUUGAAAAAAGAUGAUCAUGUUCCUGAAACUAGGCAUAGACCCUUUGGAAUAGAACAUAAGUCUUUCAGUGCCAGGGAAGAUACUGUCAUGGAAAAUGAUGGCCAUGGAAUUUUGUUCCGGGAAAGGCAAGAAUUGGCUUCUCACAAAUAUGAAGCAUGGAAUAGAAAGGAGGACGAUCACGUUCAUCGGACUAGGCAUAGACCCUUGGGAAAAGAACACAAGUCUCUCAGUGCCAGUGAAGAUACUGUCAUGGAAAUAGAUGGUGGAAGUUUGUUCCAGGAAAGGCAAGAAGUUGCUUCCCACAAAUAUGAAGCUUGGAAUAGAAAGGAGGAUGCUCCCCCAAAGUCAGUUAGAUCAGACAGUUCAUCUCAAGGAAAAGGACAGGAAAGGGGUCACGAGAGGGAGAACAAUGUUCCUAAAAGAGACUUCCAUGAAGUUUUACCUCGUGUACAGCCCAGUGUUGCUGGACCUCAUGUGAAAAGCAACGGUCAAGGCUUAUUUGCUGAUGACAAUUAUGGUGGCAAACAAAAUGACGCAAAAUUAGGAAUUAAAGAAGAAGAGAUGCCUAAGUUGAAGCCCCCCUACAAUUAUGGGGUCCCUCCUCCGUAUGUGAAACCGAAUGCCAAAGCAAAAGAUAGAAAACAUGAAGUCAAGGAUGGUUCUGGCAGCAAGCGCAUCACUAAGGAUCCUGUAGCGUAUAACAUAGCCUUUGUUGACAAUAUACUCAGAGGGGUAAGCGUAGGAUCUGAUGAUGAGGAUGAGAAGCCUGCUGCUACAAAAGUUAAUGGUCAUGAUCAUGAGAAGGAUUGUGCUCAUCGGGAUGAUGCAUCUAGCAACCACAUACCAAAACCAAGAUCUUCUAGGAGGAGACACUCAAGAUCUCGGUCCUCUCACAAUGAUGCUGGAAACAGUCAAGAUACAGAAGUUGCAAUCAGAAAAACAAGAAGCAGGAGAAAGGAUGAGUCACGACGAGGUCUGCAACUGUUGUUUGAUGACGAGCACUAUAAGAAGGAUGAAGAAGAGAGGAGAAUGGACGAGCUUCUGAUUCAUUACAGUAAAAAGCCAUCUAACUUGGACUCAGAAUUGUCAAGAAGAAAGUCGAGAAGUCGUCACACACAGCAUGCAGGCACUGGUGUUGGUGAAUCCCCAAGACACGCAAGCAGAGAUGAUUCCGAAAUGGUUCCAACAGCAGUAAGAUCAGUUUCCCUUCCUCAUGAACAUAGCGGUCCAUCAGAGGCACCCAAAGUAUUUGCUCGUGCAGCUUCGUUUCAACCCGACAGGUCCAAUCCAGCUAAGCAUGUGCAUCCCAAGCUACCGGACUACGAAGAUUUGGCCGCCCAAUUUGCAGCCCUAAGAGGAAUGUAAAGGGUAAAAGCAAGAAUCUUAACUGUAUGAGCUCGAUGGCGACCAUUGUUUCCGGUAGUUGAGUGGCACGGUAGCAUCCGACGGUUGGUCUUUUUUACCUCACACUGCAUCUAAUAAAUCAUAUAUUACCGAAAUUUCAAAUCAUUGGAGUCAUCAUUGUAGAAUUUGUUAUAGUGUCUUGAGUUUCAAUGGAUAAUUGAGAAUGCUUCUUGUCGAGUGGUGUUCAUCAUAAAAUAACAGUUACACACUUUCGGAAA